GAAGCGGUGGUGGGGCUUGAGCAGGCCAGGCUUGCUGCCGAGCAUCAUGAGGCUUGGGUGACCGAAGUCCAAGUGGAGCUCCAGGAUGCCGCCGAGAAGCUUGAGGCCCUUAAGAAGGGGCGAGAAGAGCAAUCCUCCCAUCUAUCCAAGGCGGAGAAGGAGCUUCAGGAGGCGAGGACUGACACACCAGGCGUCCGGGAGGAGCUCCGUCAAGCCGCGCAAAUCGCUAAUGGCGUCUUCACCGAACUACUGAAGAACGCGGUGGCCGCGGCAAGGCACUAUGCCACCCUCGAGGAGGACUCCAUGCAGCGGCUCUUCUGGUCACAGUUUCCGGAUUCCGAGCGUCCGCCCCUCCUUAGCAAUCAAAUGAAGCAGCUGAUGGAGAUGCAUCAAAUGUUCGAGCUGGCCUUGAAGGAUCUUUGUCCAGCCUAUGGCUGGCCGAGCCCAAUUCCGAACACCUACUUCGGCCUUGUGCAGAAGCUGCGGGAGGCGCCGCUCUGGAUUGACGCCGUAAAGCGGUCAGGGUGCCUUGAGGGGGUGAGGCUUGCAUUUGCGAAGACCAUGGUACAUUGGCCGAAGAUUAAUCCAAUGGAGAUGGCCACCGGUCCUCCGCCCAAGGGGAAGGAGCAUCGCCGCCCCGAGCAGUAUUUUGCGCAGGUGAUGACCGGUGCUCGGGCAAUAGAGGGCCAGUGUUCGAAAGAUGUAAUGCUUGAGUAAUCGUAGUAA